AUGAGUGCAGUAUACAACUCAGCCCUCCGGCAAAGCAAAGCCAUCCGCGCCGACCUUGAUGCCUUCUCCUCCUCCCUGUCCUCGACAGCAGCCUUACAGGGCCAGCUCACCACUUCGAUAACUUCAUUCUCGCGAACGCUAGACGACUACCAGCGCUCAGUCGACAAUGAGCUCGUCCCAGAAAAGGCAGAAAAGGGCAAGGAGCGCAUCGCGAACUUCCGCACCGAACUCCUCGACUUCCGUUCACGAUUCGCAGAGCUGAAGCACGAACGAGAACAAGCACAACUAUCAAACAACAGGACAGAGCUGCUAGGACGAAGACCGCACACCAGCCAAACACCCGAGAACCCCUACUCCGAUGCUGCCAUUACCAGCGGCGCCGGGCGAGGCGAGAACGUGAACCCCCUCUUCCGCACCUCAAACCCCAACUUCCAGCCUGGCAGCGCAGGACCAAACGCAUACAGUGCGUAUCAGUCAUCCUACGGACUCGGAGCGGACGAGGCGAGGGAGAACCAUGCGCUGCGGGAGAACUCGUUCUUCACCUCCGCCAACUCGACACUAGACGAGUACAUCUCGCGCGGACAGGCUGUGCUGGGAGAUCUUGGAGAUCAGAGGGAGAUGCUGAAGAACACGCAGAGGAAGCUGUAUAACAUUGGCACGACUCUGGGGAUUAGCGGGGACACUAUUCGCAUGGUAGAGAGGAGGGCGAAGCAAGAUAAAUGGAUUUUCUGGGGAGGGGUGGUGGUGUUUGUUGUUUUUGUGUAUUUGGUGUUGCACUACCUGAGGUCAUGA